AGAGAGAGGGAGAGAGGGAGAGAGGGAGGAGGGGGGAGAAGAAGAAAAAAAAGAAGCAACUUUCUCUGGUUUCUAACUGCAGGCUCUGCCUUGCCGAGGGGCUUCAUCACUGCGCUUCUGUGAAGUGCCCUCUCGCCCAGGGGUGUGCAGCGGUGUGUAUGAGAGAGUGUGUGUGUAUGUGAGCCAGAACCCUAAGGAGCCAUGUCGGACCCCCGGGACAUCGACGAGGAUGCCAUCCUCAAGGGCCUCAGCGCCGCGGAGCUGGACCAGCUGGAGAAUGAGCUGCAGGAGAUGGACCCCGAGAAUGCCAUGCUGCCUGCCGGCUACCGGCAGCGUGACCAGACGAAGAAGGGCCCAACGGGGGCGUUUGACCGCGACGCCCUGCAGCAGCACUUGGAGAAGGAAGCCCUGGAGCACGAGGACAGGGACGACCUGGUGCCCUUCACUCAGGAGAAGAAAGGAAAGACCUUCGUGCCAAAGAAACCAGCGGAGAUCCCUGAACACGAGCAGGUGAUGCUGGAGCCGGAGCUGGAGGAGGCUCUGAAAAAUGCCAGUGACGCAGAGAUGUGUGACAUUGCGGCUAUCCUUGGAAUGUACACGCUGAUGAGCAACAAGCAGUACUACGACGCUCUGGGCACCACAGGAACCAUCGCCAACACAGAGGGCAUCAACAGUGUAGUGAAAGCAGAUCCAUUCAAAAUCUUCCCCGAUGAGAUGCCCAACCCCACCAACGUGGAGGAAACCCUGGAGAGAAUCCACAACAACGACAGCGGCCUGAUAGAAGUCAACCUCAACAACAUCAAGGACAUUCCCAUCCCAACACUGAAAGAGAUCUUCGAGGCGAUGAAGGGAAACUCUCACGUGGAGUUUCUGAGCAUCGCGGCGACACGCAGCAACGACCCCGUGGCCUACGCAUGUGCCGAGAUGCUCCAGGAGAACACCAGCUUGCAGAGUCUUAACGUCGAGUCCAACUUCAUCACUUCGGACGGCAUGAUGGCGAUCAUCAAAGCCAUGGCCAGCAACGCCACACUGGUGGAGCUCAAGAUCGACAACCAGAGGCAGAAGCUGGGAGACUCAGUUGAGAUGGAGAUCGCCUCCAUGUUGGAGAACAACUCCAGCAUCCUCAAGUUCGGCUACCACUUCACCCAGCAGGGUCCCCGCGCCAGGGCUGCCAUGGCGAUCACACGAAACAACGACAUGAUUCGCCAGCAGAGAUUAAGAUGAAAGCAGCGAGGAGCAAACAGAACAGACGCUUCGGCCCCGUGGAGCCUACAGACAGACCGCUCCAGCGCCGGAGAUGAAACCAAAUCCUCCCAAAUUAACCCGGGUCGUCGUCGUGCGCGGUGCGACCCAGCUAACACCCGUGUACAACCAUUUCAUUUCAUUUACCGCGGCCAGCUUCUUCUUGUAGACUGCUGAAAUUCAUCAUAAAGGCAUGUAUAGGUCACAAGCAAAAUGUGAGGUGUCUCUUUUUUUUUUGUGCUUUUAUCGUCAUCCUCGUCAUCAUCAUCCCAAAAAAAACCCAAGUCUUUUCAUUCAUGAAAAACAUUUUCAAUGUGGUGCUAUCUGUGGGAAGAAAAACAAACUGUAAAUACUUUAAAUAAAAAUAUAUAUUCAAGUA